GUCAAUCAUGGGAAUCGGAACGUAAAUGUAGUCCGAGUUCGGUUUAAUUUUUGUUUCGUGACGAUUAUUUUUUCGUUAGUAGUGUUCCUUGUAUUAGCCUUCUUUGGUUUAUUAAUUCAGUGAAAAUGUAUUAGUUGUUCUAAUGUGUUGAUUUGGUAUUUUAUGUGUGUGAUUAGUUGAUUAUUUCAACACGAUGAAGGUGGAUCUUAACGUUUGGAGGCGAUGCCCUGCGUUCAACGUUGCCGCAGCAUGCAUCGUGUUCCUCCUCACACCGCACAUUGAGGCGGCGGGCCCCCUCGGGCCCUCCGACCAUCCAGAAGCUUAUUUCAACGGCAGCUCGUACAUCCGCCUCUCCCGACCGAUAUCCCUCAAGCAGCUGGUGGGGCUGAGUUACCGCACUUGCGUUGGCGGCGAGCUAUUCUCCCAGCGCUUCGAGGGCUACACGCUGCACGUGACGGCGCUGUACGAGCAAGUAGUGGUGUCGUGGGCGCGGCCCGGCCAGCCGCACCGCGAGGUCGGCCUGAUGAAGGAGACCCUGGAUAACGUGUGGCACUGGGUCGCGCUGCGGUACAGGCCCAGCCCGCCGUCCUUGCUGCUGGAAGUUGAUAAGGAGACGCAGGUAAUAUCCAACGUGACAUGGAACGGCGAGCUCCUAUCCCCCGGCGCUUUAGAGGCCGGUGGGGCGGUAGUGCUCGUCGGCAACGUGUUCUCCGGCUGCCUGCACGAGGGGCCGCAGCUCGAGUUCCACGCGGCCUACAUGCUGCAGACCAACGUGCAGUUCGGACACUGCCCCCUGACUACUGAUGAGUGCAAAGAUAGAAAAGACGUGCUCAGAAUCCCGCCAAAGGACCACUGCUACAACGAACCCUGCUUACGACACGGGACCUGCAUUUCAAGACAUGAUAAAUACGAGUGCCACUGCUCCGCGCGCUACACGGGCAACAACUGCGAGGUGGACGCGGGUGACCCGUGUGCGUCUGCGCCGUGCCAGCACGGGGGGCGGUGUGUAGAGGACGCGAGGGGCGACUAUACGUGCUUGUGCCCGCCGCACUAUCGGGGUGUUCACUGUGAGUUGGAAGAGUCUCUGGACCCGCAGUGCGUGGCGCGGCCGUGCCGCAACAACGGCUCGUGCAGCGUGCCGCCCGGGAGCGAUGCGUACGUGUGCGACUGCGUGCCAGGUUUCACGGGGCGUAACUGCGAAACAGAUAUAGAUGAGUGUGCGCUGGCCGGCGCCGCGUGUCUCAACGGUGGUAGAUGUGUAGAUGCUGUUAACAAUUACACGUGUGAUUGUACUAACACUGGUUACACGGGCGCCCGUUGUGAAACAAACAUAAACGAGUGCGAGGAGGAGCGCGCUGUGUGCGGGCACGGCGUGUGCUACGAUACGUACGGGUCGUACGUGUGCGCGUGUCUGCCGGGCUAUACCGGCGAGCGGUGUCAUAAGAUGUCAGCAUGUGCCUCCGGUCCUUGCGGUGUAGGCGGCGCGUGCGUGGAAGAGAACAACGGCGCGGGGUUCCGCUGCGUGUGCGCACGUGGGCUCGCCCCGCCCCUGUGUGUAGCACCAGCCUCCCCCGCACCCCCCGCGCCCACCCCCGCUGCCCCUACUGCCGGGGCGUGCGCGGAUAUGGCCUGCCCACCACGGUCACAUUGUAGACAAGGUGUGACGGGCAUGGUAGCCGGCGUGGUCGUCACAAAGCAAGUGUUGUGCGUGUGCGAUGUUGGAUAUUUCGGUGCCCCGGGAGUAUCACCAAACUGCAGUGCACUAGACAACGUGUGCGAGUCGGGCGUGUGCCAAAAUGGCGGCACCUGCACUCGUACGAACGACGGCUUUAAUUGUACAUGCACACCGCCCUAUAGAGGUACAUAUUGCGAAGUGGGCCCGGCGGGCAAAGCCCUGUCCGAGCUAAAGGCGGAGCGCUGCGCCUCCAACCCGUGCGUGCACGCAACUGCCUGUCGUGAUACUCCAACCGGCUACCGCUGCGAGUGCGAGCCGGGCUGGUCCGGUCCGCGCUGCGAAGCGAGCGAACAGACCGCGGGCGAAGCGUGCUCGCGCUGCGCGAACGGCGGCUCGUGUCGUGCGGACGGCUGCGAGUGUCGUGCGGGCUUCGGCGGCGCGGCCUGUGAGGUGGUGCUGGAUUGCCGGGCGCAGCCCUGCCCGCUCCGACAGGAGUGCGUAGAACAGAACGGUGCAUGGCGCUGCGUUGCUUCGGGGGCGGAGUCUGCGUGUGCCUCAUCCCCUUGCCACAACGGCACCUGCCUCGUGUUAGACGGGGGCAGUGCGCGCUGCCAGUGCCAGCCGGGACACACGGGUCGAUAUUGUGAAAUAGAUAUAGACGAGUGUGCGUUGAUGCCCAAGAUUUGUAAUCACGGAGUGUGCGUCAAUAUCCCGGGAUCCUACCAGUGCUACUGUAAACCAGGCUACACGGGCGACGGUUGCGAGCAAGAUAUAGACGAGUGCCUUUCGUCGCCGUGCAAAAAUGGCGGGACAUGUCAGAACUUGGAGAACAACUACGAGUGUACUUGUGUGGAGGGUUUCGAAGGCAAGGAUUGCUCGGUGAACAUAAACGAAUGCGCUGCGAACCCUUGCGCGGUUGGCUCCACGUGUGUGGACGGUAUUGCUAGCUUCUCUUGUCUUUGCCAAGAGGGCCUCACUGGGCCGCGCUGUGAAGUUGAUAUCGAUGAUUGUGAGUCGGAGCCGUGCCAGCACGGGGGGCGUUGCGAGGACUUACUGAACAGCUUCACGUGCAACUGCACCGGCACGGGGUACAGCGGGCCCGCGUGCGAGGCCAACAUCGACGAGUGCGCGCCGCAGCCGUGCCGCAACGCAGCCACCUGUAUCGAUGAGCUGAAUGAUUAUCAUUGCGUGUGUCACCAAGGCUUUACCGGCAAGAACUGCGAGAUCGACAUAUUGGAGUGCGAGAGCGCGCCGUGCAAGCACGACGGCGUGUGCCUCGAGCGCAGCAACGCGAGCCUGUACCGGCCGCCCGGCGCCCCGCCCCUGCAGGUCGGCCCGCAGCCGCACAUGCUGCUGCCGCCCGCCUUCUACCAGCCCUUCGACAUCGAGAGCGCCGGCGGUUUCGAGUGCGUAUGCGUGACGGGUACAACGGGCGCGCGUUGCGAGACGAACAUCGACGAGUGUGUGUCGUCUCCAUGCGGUCACGGGACGUGUAUAGAUGGGAUUGGCAAGUAUCGCUGCGACUGCGCACCCGGGUACGAGGGGGAGCACUGCGAGAUCGAGAUUAAUGAGUGUUUGAGGUACGCGCCGUGCGGGCACGGGCGCUGCUACGACCGGCACGCGUCGUACGAGUGCGCGUGCUCGGCGGGCUGGGGCGGGCGCAACUGCACCGUGGAGCUGCGCGGCUGCGACAGCGCGCCCUGCGCACACCGCGGCACCUGCCUGCCCUGGCUGGCGCACGAGACCGACCACCGCUUCAACUGCUCCUGCGCGCCCGGCUUCUACGGGACCACCUGCGAGAAGAUAACAACAAUGUCCCUCGAAAAGAGUAGCUACGUUGAAGUCAACACAUCCCGGGAAGAGGGCUACGACAUAUCGUUCCGGUUCAAGACGACCCUGGGCAACGGUCUUCUCGCCAUGGGCAGAGGUCUUACUUACUUCUUCCUGGAGCUGUCGAACGGCAGACUGAACUUGCACUCGAGUCUAUUGAACAAGUGGGAAGGCGUGUUCAUUGGGUCCAGCUUGAAUGAUAGUAAUUGGCAGAAGGUGUUCGUAACAAUAAACUCCUCACACGUAGUUCUAUCAGCGAACGAAGAACAGACAAUAUACCCGAUCAGUCAGAACGAAGCGUUUAACGCGAGUGUGACGUCAUUCCCGUCAACUCGACUGGGGACAGCGGGGUCUUCGUAUGCGACGUUGACGCAUGGACCGAACUUCUUUGUGGGGUGCUUCCAAGAUGUAGUGGUUAAUCAGCAUUGGGUUCUCCCCGAAGAUUCCAACGGAACAACCCCUGAGUUCAGCACGGAACGGAUCGGCACAGACUGGGCAGAAGACGCCGAGCCAGAGCCAGAAGGGGAGGGGGAGGAUGAGGAGGGCGAGGGGGCACGGGUAGUGCUUCAGGGGGUGAGGGCUUCCUGCCCCCGCACUCCGCAGUGCGAGCCCAACCCGUGUAGAUCGGGAGGGCAUUGUGAGGACGCGUGGACGACGUUUGUGUGCUCCUGCCCCAGGCCGUACUUGGGGCACACUUGUCAAUACAACUACACAGCAGCGACGUUCGGGCAAGAGGCCGCAGUCCCGCACUCGGUGGUGCGCGUGCAAGUGCGUGACGCGGCCCGGCGCGCUGUGCACGCGGCGCUCGAUAUAUCCAUGUUCAUACGCACGCGCAAACCCACGGGACAGAUAUUCUACCUCGGAUCCGGGUCGGCUAGGUUCGGUGGCACGGACGAGACCCUGGUAGGUGCGUCACUAAAUGGCGGUGAACUGCUGGUCCACCUGCGCUUUAAUCAUACACCUGAAGACUACACUGUUGGAGGAACAAGGCUGGAUAAUGGACACCUGCAUCUUAUACAGGUGGUGCGAAAUUCAACACUAGUACAAGUGAAAUUGAAUGGAACGGAAUAUUUUAGAAAAUCGAUCUCGGCUGCCAAACAACUUGACGCGCAGGUACUCUACCUAGGCGGGCCACCGACCCCCGUAUUCCCCGAAGCCACGAACUCCACACCCCCCUACCCUGAAGCAGACGACGCGGAAUACUUCAAGGGUGUGAUCCAAGACGUCCAGAUCUCGAACGGGGUGAACGUCACCGUGGUGGAGUUCUUCCCCCUGCGAGCUGAGGGGGUGGUCCUCCCCCCGCCCUUCGGGGAGGUGGAGCUCGACCCCCAGGGGGUGCUGAGGGGUGUGGUGUCUGAUGACGUGUGCGCAUCCACCCCCUGUCACCAUAACGCGACCUGCACUAACACUUGGAAUGAUUAUACAUGCACAUGUCCGCGCGGCUACAAAGGCAAGCAGUGCGACGAGGUGGAAUUCUGUCAGCUGCAGGGUUGCCCGCUCAACUCGCAUUGUAGAAACCUUGAUAGAGGGUACGAGUGCGUAUCGAACGCAACGUUCGACGGUGUGAACACGACGCUGAGCUACACGCUGCGCACGCCGGCCGCCGACGCGCUCGCCGACCGCCUGCAGCCGCCGCACUCGCUCACCAUCACCUACAGGAGCAAAGUGGGCGGCACGCUGUUCCGCGCGGAACUGGAAGAGGACACCGAGGAGGGGGAGGGAACAACCGACACGGAGGGGGAGGGGGAGAGGAACACCACCAGCUCAAGCACAGGAGCCAUGUGGUUCAGUGUGGGCGUGUACCGGGGGCAGGCUACUGUGCAGUGGAGGCUAGGGGGUCUACCCGCGUUGAGGACGUUGCGAUCCAGGACGGAUCAUUUGCAGUGGACCACGUUGAGACUGACCUUCGUGGAAGGCCAGAUCAGAGGUGCAUUCGUAGACUCGGACGGGCACGAAGAAGUGAGUCUAACAGACAGUAUCGACGUGGCAGCGUGGCAGACGCUCGUGACGCGCGGCCUCAUCACGCUGGGCGGCCUCAGGCAUGCCUCCACGCCACGACCCAAGGUGGCUUCCACCACGCCCAUGAUGGACAACACAACAGAAAUGGUGUGGGAGUAUUCGGAAGGAGACGAGUUUGAUGAUAACCUUGCUGGAGAAUACUUUAAGGGUUGCCUGGGCGCGGUGCACGUGGGCGGGCUGCUGCUGCCGUACUUCACGGAGCAGGAGCUGUUCGUGGGAGCAGCCGCCGCGCUGCUCGCUGCUCAGCCGCACUACGCGUUGUUGUCCGGUUCCCCCUGGGGUUGGAGCGAGGGUGUUGGCUGUGUUCUGUGCCUCGAGCACGAGUGUGGGCGUGGGGCACACUGCCGGGAUGUGCGCAACUCGUACUCGUGCGCUUGUCCACCGGGGUAUGACGGGGAUUAUUGUCAGAUUGACAUAGACGAAUGCGAGAACAACCAAUGUCAGAACGGCGCCACUUGCAAGGACGACGUCGCCAAGUACGUGUGCCUCUGUCCGGAGGGAUACGACGGAGAACUGUGCGAGCACGACAUCGACGAGUGCCUGUCGAGCCCGUGCGAGAACGGCGGCACGUGCACGGACGUGCCCGGCGCGUUCCGCUGCGCGUGCGCGGCCGAGUGGCGCGGGAACCGCUGCCACCUGCCGCGCGACCGCACCUGCGCGCACGCACCCUGCGCGCCCCACGCCACGUGUGCCGAUGUGUACGACUCAACAACGGGCAACAACUACACGUGCACGUGCAGCGCGGGCUGGUCGGGCGCGCACUGCGACGUGCCGUUCUGCCGCGACGAGCCGUGCCUGCAUGGCGUCUGUAACGACACUGUGUCGCCGCCAGUAUGCGAGUGCCCGAGCGGCUACAGCGGGCGGCGCUGCGAGCGCGAGCUAGACGCGUGCGCAGACGCAGGCGCCGAGCCGUGCCAGCACGGCGGGCUGUGCCGGCCCGUCGCGCACCGCCUCGUGUGCGACUGCCCGCCGGAAUGGCGCGGUCUCCGGUGCGAGGAGGACGUGGACGAGUGUGCGGAGCUGCUGGUGGACUGCGGGCCUGGGACUUGCCGUAACUUGCCCGGGGGAUACACAUGCGAGUGUGCGGCCGGUCUGUGCGGGGAGCGGUGUUCCCUCGUGGACCCGUGCUGGGGGGAGCCGGGGGAUGUUGUACCGGGGGGUGUGGGGGGAGAGGGGGCUAGUGCUAACCGCACCGGGCCCUGUGUGCGGGGAGUGUGUGAGCAGAGGUGCAGGAACACUACGGACUAUGUGUGUCACUGUCCCGCGGACUGGGGGGGCAAGGACUGUUCCGAAGCGCUAGUGGGCGUGUCUAACGGUGCGGGCGCACGCGUCGCACUCGCAGUGGGCGGAGCUCUGGUCGGCGCGCUGUUACUGGGCGGAGCCCUAGCGCUCCUCGCAGCGCAGGCGCGGCGCAAGCGGGCCACGCGCGGCACGUACUCGCCCUCGGGCCAGGAGUACUGCAACCCGAGGGCGGAGCACCUGCACCACGCGCUCAAGCCGCCGCCCGAGGAGAGACUCAUCUAG